AUGAAAGGCACCACUCCAUCUUCAAGUCCCGUCUCCAAAACUUCCAGUAGAUCAAAACCAAGCGCAUCCCCCAGUGCAGGUACCAAACGGAAAAGAGAAGAUGGCGACAAAUUUUACGCGGUGAAGGUUGGACACAAACCCGGCAUUUACAACAACUGGCCCGACUGUUUAGCUCAGAUAACGGGAUUCAAGAAAGCCAUAUUUCAAAAAUUCCCGAGCCGCGAAGAAGCAAACGCGUUUAUCACCGGCGCCAAGCCCCCGCCCGGUAGCACCAGGACAGAAGAGCCACGGUACUACGGGAUACAGCGCGGUCGUGUCCCUGGCGUGUACACCGAAUGGACAAAGGCGCAGGAGCAAAUAUCUGGGUUCCCGAGGCCCCGAUAUCGCAAAUUCGCGACGCGGGAGGAGGCGGAGGACUUUGUCAAGGCUGGCCGACGAGAGCCACCCGUCGGAUUUGGACAGAGUGAACCUGACAACGCAACACGUGGGAUUGAACGCGAACCCCCGAAAGAUGCGGAUGGUAUUGAAUACCCGGCUGGAGACGGUCCCCUUCCUCGCGGUGCAGAGGAUGGGUUCGACCCGAAUGUGCUCCUCGAUCCGGCUACGGGCAAAGUCGUCUACAAGACCCCGGCGCAAAAGGUAGCGACCAAGACACAGGCGACAGCAACGGCGGGAAUGUUGCGCAUUUACACCGAUGGAAGCUCGUUACGAAAUGGUACGCCACUAGCCUCAGCGGGUGUCGGCGUUUACUUUGGACCAGGAGACAGCAGCAGAAAUGUUUCAGAACCACUUAAAGGAAACCGCCAGACAAACCAGCGAGCAGAACUAACAGCAAUUCUUCGAGCUAUCGACAUCGCGCCUCGCCACCGAGACGUGACUAUCUUCACUGAUAGUCGAUAUGCUAUCGACUGUGUGACAAAAUGGUACAUCAACUGGCGACGGAAUGAAUGGAUGACGAAGGACCACAAGCCAGUAGAAAAUAGGGACCUGAUCGAGUCCAUUCUGGUCAAAAUCGAAGAACGCAAUGAACUCAAGGUCAGAACCCUGCUCGAGUGGAUCAAGGGGCAUAGUAAGGACCCCGGAAACGAAGCUGCCGAUAACCUGGCUGUCAAUGGGGCACAGCGCGGUGUAAGGGAAAAAGCAGAGGCGCAGCGGGUCGGCCGAGAUUUACCAGAUGAAAUGCUUGAAGAAGACUUUUGA